AACCAAAAACGGCAACGGAUGCUGAAUGGGGCAUUCGUGUCCCUGUAGCAAAUGCGCUUGCGCAACGGAUGCUGUGCUCGUCAUUUCUCCUUCAUUUCUCCAGCGUAACAACGAUAAUUCUCGUGUCUGCCGGUCGCCGAUUGUUCAAGCUCUUCCCCAACCCGGCACAUGAUCCGAAAGGGUGUACCGAUCGCUAGAUGCACCUUGCCGAACCUUUGCCGAUGGUGCAGAUUGUGUCCCAAAAAUGCUCGUUGCCAUUUCGUUGACACCCGAGUUGCAUCCGGUUCACGUUCGGGGGGUUUUUUUUUUGCCGAACGGAAGCGAGGGUUGUGUGUUAUCUGUCUGCGUUUGAAGCCCGAACUGUCACACGGAUGUUGGUAAAUAGCUUUUCUUGGCCAAAUUCCUUCAGUCGUCUCGAAACUUUCACCGCCGGUGGGAAUGUUUUCGCACAGCGCGUCCAGCAUACAUCGUGGCUGAUGCGCUUUUCUCGUGAUCGUCGCACGGUCAUGCAACUUUACAGGACAAUCUACCGCACCAGAACCCAACCGUAGUGAUACACGCUGGUAAGUGCAGACAGCAGUGAGUGAGAAAAGUAAUUAAAAUAGUGAUAAAUUACGGCGAAGUUCUCAAAAUACCCCAUGUGUUAGUGAAACGGAGUAUGGGAAGAAUUGUUUUGGAAUAGGAAGGUGCAUUAGAGUUUGGAACAAUAAAGCAUAAAACUUUCGCAGCUUGCUUCCAUUAACUCUUCCAUUUGCACAAAACUCGAUGUGAAAGACCGAAAAACUUUCGAAACUCGCACAGGAAAACUGGAACGCCGUCCAGUAUGCAGGGCGUCCGACGGAAACGUGAUCUUUGAUCUUUGGUGCAGCAGUAAUCAGUCGCAAAACUCAAACCAACUGCAUUGUGUCUGUGUCUGUGUGUGUGUGUGUGUCUGUGUAGAUGCUGUACGAACGUUGUGUGCAUGUGACUUAGUGACUGAAGCGAUCGCAAGAUGAUAAUCCUACAGACAGUUAAACUAAUUCUACUCGCCCUGAAGCUACUGCCGAAACGGUUCACCCAUCGGAAUGUACUGUUUAUGAUAUAUUUGGUUACACUCGUCACACACGUGAUGAUGGAUGAACCAAGAUUUGCUCAACCCAUACCGAACGUUACCGUUGCUGUGGGACGGGAUGCUAACCUGCCGUGUGUAGUUGAACAUUUGGGCACCUACAAGGUCGCGUGGAUACAUAUCGAUCGGCAGAUGAUUUUGACGAUACAUCGCCACGUUAUCUCGCGCAUCCCCCGGUACAGCGUAACGUACGAUAAUUCCAACACAUGGCUGCUGCACGUUAGCCAGGCGCAGCAGGACGAUCGGGGCUAUUACAUGUGCCAAGUGAACACAAAUCCCAUGAUUAGCCAAGUCGGUUACCUGCAAGUAGUCGUGCCUCCCAACAUUCUGGACAUCGAAAGUACACCGUCGUCUGUGGCUGUGCGAGAAAAUCAAAAUAUCAACAUGACAUGUCGUGCCGAUGGAUUCCCCACGCCCAAGAUCAUCUGGCGACGUGAAGACGGCCAAAGCAUUACCGUCGAGCGGAAGAAGAAAGUGAUGGUGUACGACGGUGAGGUUCUUCAUCUGACGAAAGUAAGCCGCAACGAAAUGGGCGCUUAUCUCUGCAUCGCCACUAAUGGUGUGCCACCGUCGGUGUCUAAGCGGAUUAUCCUUGAUGUGGAGUUUUCACCAAUGAUUUGGGUGCCAAAUCAACUAGUUGGAGCACCACUUUCGACUGAUGUUACCAUUGACUGUCACACCGAAGCUCACCCAAGAGCCAUCAUCUACUGGGUGUACAACUCGGUUAUGGUGCUGCCGAGUAAAAAAUACAUCAUUGACUACAACGAAAACUCCUACCGGGCGCACAUGAAGCUCACCAUCAAAGGCUUAUCGAUGGGCGAUUUUGGCAACUAUCGCUGCAUAUCGAAGAACUCGCUCGGUGAAACGGAGGGUUCGAUUCGCGUUUACGAAAUUCCACUUCCAUCAACACCGUCGAAGCAAAUUACUCACGUGAUGGAACCGAAGGAGACGAGCCCGGCCAUGGUGUCACGUAAUGAAACCAUUAAGGUCGCCAGCCAACCUGAGGUCCUGUUUCCGAUGAAGAACGACGAAGGCUACGCUCAGCGCUCACCGAACGGGAUCCCUUUCGAGCGCAAGGGAUCGCUUGCCAUUGGGCAAAGUUUCUCCUACACCGACAUGCCACCGAAAGAGUUCGGUGUAUCUAAUGAUGCUCGCAGCAGCUUCGGUGUAUUCUCGCUACUAUCGCUAACGACGAGUGUGGUCCCUUCGACGCUGCUGGUUCUGUGUCAUCAGCGAUGCGAAAGUUGGCUGUUUUUGUAAGGAUGCAAAUCAGCAGCGACGGCAGCUUGAAUCCAUGCUUCAAACCUUCGAGCGCUGUUGCAACUGGGGUUCGGAUUGAUGGGAUACAUCUGCCACUGUAUCGAAGCCACGAUCGUCGCUCGGUCCGCCGGCGCAGAUUCGCAUAUCGUACGUUCCCCGUUUUUGGUUUUGCUCAUAUCACUCCUACUCAACGCGGAGAGACGACACAUAUCUAGGACGAUUUGCAAAAUGGGCACGAUAAUCAACGCGAUGGUUUACGAACAGAAGUAUUUGUAUAAAAUAAAUCCACGAUGUUUCUGCUUAGAUAAGAAACUGCUGCUAAAGAUAAACAAUAACGAAUGCCAUCAAUCAUGCUCUUUAGUUUAGGUUAAUGAUUUUUUUGUGUGAACGCUUUCUAUCAUCUUCGCCAUUUUUAAGCGGUACGAGCAUUGUUACAUACUAACACUAUCAAAAUAGCUUUAAAUGAGAAAGUUUCCCUUUUUUGUUUGCAGUGGUUUCGUAAGUUUUGUUUCGUUAAACGCUUGAACUCGUGUUUUGUAAACUAUAUUUCAACUACGUUGUAGAAUCCGAUAGGAAGAGUUUCACUGUUCCAACAUAGAAGAAGACUGUAGGAGAAUGUUGUAUAAUAGCAAAUCAAGAAGAAAAACUAAGUGAAAAAACGGCUUAACUCUUUGUCGAGUUUGUUACCCAUAGUGACGCACACGGAAAUGAAAGAGACAGAACGAUAUACAUGGUUCUAGUUGCGUAUGGUUGAUUUAUUCUGCUGGCAAAACAAAAAAUAAAACAAUUGACCUAUUGAAAAUGCCUCUUGUGUUAUGGAAGAGAUUUAAACCAAAAAUAAAAAAAGCUACUUCAGAAGGGAAGCGUUGUCUAGCUGGGAUUGAAAUAGUGAUCAGCAGAGUGUGUUUGUGUACAUAUUUUAGCCCAACUUAAGCAGUGUGAGUAACCAUGGUUCGGAAUGGCCGCGAACCAUCCGACGUACGUUGACACAUAUUGAAGGAAAUAAAAAAAACACCCGAUCUACUAGUGAACAGAAAACCAUAAGGAACAAGCAUUAGCGCGUACGAGACAACGCACCGUGUAAUUAUCGAGCUGGCUAGGCGAGCAUAUUGUUAGGUUAUUUGUUAUGUUAAUAUUUCGGUCAAACAUUUAGCUCAAGCACACACGCGGAAAUGAUGAAAAUGCCACGCGGCAUGCUCAUGAUUGUGGCGCGAUGCAAAUACUUAGAAAUAUAUUUGAAAUAAUAAAAAAAUAAUAAUCAAUUGUUCGUUGGUUUGUGUUUUUUUCUCUCCUUUUUUGAGUUGUGUUUGUUACUCGCCCUUUUAAGUGUUUUGUUAACUAUGUUUGAAUUGUUGGUAUAUUCGAAUAUUAUCUUCUGCUUUGAAUUACGACACUGAUGGUAAGUGGUAAUUCAAGUUUAUUUCUAUAUGAAAUAAAUAUAAAAAAAACUUUUUUAAAUUGCUUCAAGCAGUAAUAAAGCUUUGAUUUCUUAUGAAACAAGAUCAAGCAGAAAAGGAAACUUGCCUUCCAUCUUGCAAAACAAUGCACGGGAAAGAAAGCGCGAUGCUGGCAAAUGCAAAUAAAAAUACAAAAAGAACAGGAAAAAUAGCUUUUUCCCGCAAUAGCACCACAAAGAACAAUGCAUCGAGCUGGAAAAUUGAAUGAAAAUGGAAGCUUUCAAGCGCCCGUCCGAGGUCGGUAUAAGAAACAGGUGCGAAAUGAAACGAGUUUUUCAAGGUUCGUUUCAAUUCAAGUGAAAAUUUUUCCUUACGACAGCGAAACCGAUCGCCAAUCCAACGCUGCUGUCGAGUGAGGGAAAUUGUAAGGCGAAGGAAAGAAAUAAAAAAAAAUGUCUCGUUUUGUCUGAACUACCUUCCCUCCCCCAUUUUAGCACGCUUACUUACGCUUGGAAACGAAACGACAUGAAGGUGGCAAAACUCGAAACGAUAGAAAGCAUUUCCAUGUCGCUUACCGACGGAUACGGCCUGCCAGUGAACGAUGACGUUCGCGAAGAUACGCAUCACGUUCGCGAGACAAAACUUUAAAGUUUUCAAUCGCGAACGACCAGUGCCAGUGGGAAUGCACUUUAAUUCGAUUCGAUAUUGAUUACAUUGCAGAUGCCGGCUCAUCUGUUUUGGGGUGAUGAUGAUGAUGGCGCUGGGUAGAUCGGGUUGUAUGCUUAUAAAUUUGCGUUCAAUAUUGACGAAGCUGUUCGAGAUGUUUCGCGUCGCCGGAGAAAAUCAAUUAAAGCCUUGAGCUGGUGUUUAAAUUUUAAUUUCUCAAAACCUUUUUCAACCAA